CAGUUUCAUUUAAAUGGGAUGCACAAGGCUGGAGAUGUGGUUCUGGGGGGUCUUUUUCAAAUCCACUUCUUUUCAGUUUUUCCUGAAUUUUCUUUUACCUCUGAGCCAGAACAGCUUACCUGCAAUGGCUUUGAUGUUCUAGGAAUUAGGCAGGCACAGACCAUGGCCUUUGCUAUUGAUGAGAUCAACAGAAACUCCAACCUGCUUCCCAACAUGACCCUGGGAUACAGUGUGUACGAUAACUGUCUCACGCUCGGAGUUGGAUUUCGAGCAGCAUUGGCGUUAGUCAGUGGCCAAGAGGAGCUAAUUGUACUGAAUGAGACGUGUAUAGGAAGCCCUCCAAUCCUGGGGAUUGUUGGUGAUUCUUCUUCUACACGCUCUAUUGCCAUUUCUACUGUCAUAGGUUUGUACAGAGUACCGAUGGUGAGUUAUUUUGCCACAUGUUCCUGCCUAAGUGACCGGCAAAAAUAUCCAUCCUUCUUUAGGACGAUCCCAAGUGAUGCUUUCCAGGUCCGUGCUAUGAUCCAGAUUCUGAAACACUUUGGCUGGACUUGGGCAGGUCUGCUGAUCAGUGAUGAUGAUUACGGUCUCCAUGCUGCCAGAUCCUUCCAGUCUGAUCUGAGCGUGUCUGGUGGAGGUUGUCUGGCGUACUUAGAAGUUUUACCCUGGGGCAAAAACACAGCUGAACUGAGGAGGAUUGUGGACGUGAUGAAGAAAUCCACAGCUGGUGUGGUUAUUGUGUUUGCACAUGAGAGUCACAUGAUUGAUCUCAUGGAAGAGGUGGUGAGACAGAAUAUUACAGGGUUGCAGUGGAUGGCAAGUGAAGCCUGGACUGCAGCUGCUGUGCUCCAGACCCCUCACCUCAUGCCAUACCUGGGAGGAACACUGGGCAUUGCUAUUCGUCGAGGGGAAAUAACAGGCCUUAAGAAUUUCUUGUUACAGACACGUCCUGACCUGCUUCACAACAACAGCUAUGGAAAUAGUGUGGUUAAUCAGUUUUGGGAAUUUACAUUUGAGUGUAGAUUUGCACCUCAUCCCGGCUGGUUAGAAGGUGGGGGGAAAGUAUGCACUGGAGAGGAAGAUCUCCAGACUGUGGAGACCGAGUUCUUGGACACUUCUAACCUCAGGCCUGAGUACAACGUUUACAAGGCCGUGUAUGCUCUGGCUUACGCGCUUCAUGAAAUGUUGCAGUGUGAACCAGGGGCAGGACCUUUCAGUGGGCACAGGUGUGCCACUUUAGAAGCACUUGAACCAUGGCAGCUUGUGUAUUACCUAGAAAAGGUCAAUUUCACCACACCAUUCGGUGAUGAGGUGUCAUUUGAUGAAAAUGGUGAUGCUUUACCAAUAUAUGAUGUUAUGAACUGGAUGUGGCUCCCUGAUGGAACAAUUGAAGUUCACAACGUGGGUGAAGUUAAAGCAUCAGCCUUUAAAGGUGAAGCACCCCGGUCAGUCUGCAGUGAGAACUGUCCUCCGGGGUCCCGCAUGGUGAGAAAGAAGGGGGAACCAGAGUGCUGUUUUUACUGCAUCCCUUGUUCUGAGGGAAAGUUCAGUAAUACCACCAACUCCUUGGAGUGUAUCAAAUGUCCAGAGGAUUUUUGGCCCAACCCCCAACGAGACCAUUGUGUUCCUAAGAAGACAGAGUUUCUCUCCUAUCAGGAGCCUGUUGGUAUCUGUUUGACAGUGGCCUCAUUGCUGGGCACAUGUUUCUGUGGUGUUGUUUUUGGGAUCUUCACCUAUCACCGACAAACACCUUUAGUACGAGCCAACAACUCAGAACUGAGCUUCCAGCUGUUAUUGUCUCUUAAGCUCUGCUUCCUGUGUUCGCUGCUUUUUAUUGGACGACCCAGACUGUGGACAUGUCAACUGAGACAUGCAGCAUUUGGGAUCAGCUUUGUGCUUUGUGUCUCAUGCAUCCUGGCUAAAACCAUGGUGGUUCUGGCCGUCUUCAAAGCCUCCAAACCAGGAGGGGGAGCCAUUCUCAAGUGGUUUGGUGUUUCCCAGCAGAGAGGAACUGUUUUAGUUCUUACUUCUGUUCAGGCAGUCAUCUGCAUAGUUUGGAUUGUCUCGGCCUCUCCAGCUCCUCAUAAAAACACACAAUACCACAAUGACAAGAUUGUUUAUGAGUGUGUAGUUGGAUCCACUAUUGGCUUUUCAGUGUUACUGGGUUACAUUGGCAUCCUGGCUGUUCUUAGUUUUCUUUUAGCAUUUCUGGCUAGAAAUCUUCCAGACAACUUCAAUGAGGCCAAACUCAUCACUUUCAGCAUGCUGAUCUUCUGUGCUGUGUGGGUGGCCUUUGUGCCUGCUUAUAUCAGUUCACCAGGUAAAUAUGCCGAUGCAGUGGAGGUAUUUGCCAUCCUGGCCUCCAGUUUUGGCCUCUUGGUGGCGCUGUUUGGCCCAAAAUGUUUUAUAAUCAUACUGAGACCGGAACAAAACACAAAGAAAGCUCUAAUGGGCCGGAGCACAAAUAAUACAGUUGACUAG